AGGCACUUGGAGGCAUUCGGAGUAUGGUAACAUAUAGUGUGUUUUUAUGUUAGGUUAGAGUUAGGUUAGAUCGUCCCGUGACACUGAACACGUGAGAAACAUUUGUUUAUUGAAGUAGACGGAAUUUUAUCCAAAAAAUGGUUCGCAAGAAAAGGACAAAAGAGCCUGCCCAAAAGAAGGAAGUUGAUAUGGAAGAUGUGGAUGAUGAUAUUGAAGACAUUAAUAUGGAUGAUAUAACUGACUCCGAGGAAGAAUAUACGGAAACUGAAAAGAAGUUGUUGGAAAAAGUACGGAAUAAAAAUACCAUUGAGAAUUAUGAUAGUGAGGAUGAAGUUUACGGACUGCAAGAUAGUGAAGAGGAUGAUCAAGAGGAGCAAGAAUCUAUGGAGUCUGAUAUUGAAGAAUUGCAAGAGGAUUAUGAUAUACCAAAUGAUAGAGCUUGGGGCAGCAAGGCGAGAACCUUCUAUUCGUCAGAUUUCAAAUACACAGAUUAUGCAUUUGUGCCUCAAAAGGAUUUGAUUAAUGCGGAUAUCGAAGAGGAAGAAGGAAGAAAGCUCCACGUAAGAUCGCUGGAGCAGUUUUUAGAUAUUGACAGUUUCGACUUAACUGGAAUUGUGCAAGCUGCAGAACAUACCAAGGAUCGUCAGGAAGACAGUGAACAGGUGUCUGUACAAGAGACGGAUGAAAAAUUUUUUAUGACCUUGGUUAAUAGCUUUAAAGAAUGUUUAGUAGAAGUAAAAACUAUUCUGUCACCAUUUCUCAAGUUGGUUGAAGAUGGAACGUGUCCUAAUUGCAAUGCAGUGGAUUUCGUCAGGACUAAAUAUCAUGUUCUGUUAAAUUAUUGCAUCAACGUUUCUUUUUGCUUGAUGAUGAAAGCCAAGGGAUUGUCAGUAAAAUCACAUCCAGUUAUAAAGCGUCUAGCGCAGUAUCGUCAACUGCUCGAUCAGUUGCUAUCGGGGCAAGGGAAUUUAUUGGAGCAAGUAGCUGACGUAGUGAAAGCAGCUAAGGAGGGCAAACCUCUUUACGCCGUGUCAGAUGGUUCCCAGAUAGAAAUUAAUAAAAAACCUGCACGACUUACUGGCUUAAGUAAAAAACUGGCACGCCAAAAAGAAGCAGCGGCGGCAAAAGAUGAAGAAGAAGAGCUACUAUCUAAUAGUAUGGAUGAAGCAAGCAUGAGUGAAGGAGAAAGUAUCGACAAAGAUGUAGAUACAAAAGAGGAACACGAUGACGAAGCUAUGGAAAAUGAAAAGAACGAUGCGAACGAAGAAACAAAGAGAGCGAUAACAUACGAAAUGGCGAAGAACAGAGGUCUCACGCCUUAUCGUAAGAAGGAGCUGCGCAAUCCUCGAGUGAAGCAUAGGAAUAAGUACCGUAAAGCCAAGAUUCGCAGAAAGGGCGCGGUGAGAGAAGUGAGGAAGGAACUGACUCGUUAUGCAGGAGAGAUAUCGGGUAUCAAGGCGGGCGCGAAGAAGGGCAUCAAAUUGAAGUGAUAAGAUCCCAGUUGUUUAUACAAUGUAUCAAUUACUUGUUUUUAGACGCAUGAUGUGGUAAUAUAUUGUUUAAGAUCCAAUUAAAUAUCAAUUUUCUGUUACUCUUUAUGAUCGACCGAUUCAAUGAUACUUUCUGAAAAUGACAGGUAUUAUAAUCAACUAGGUAUAAUAAUAUUAAAUAGUAUCGAGAGUGUAUCAUAAUAAUAUGACAACAUAAAUACAA